UCAGUCUCUUUGAAUUGGAAUAAAAACUGCAGCAAACUUCAGCGGCUCCUUUUCUGUGCAGAUUUAACAAGAACUGGAACCUUUCCUCCCCAGCCUUUCCUUUGUGCAGCCUGAGAGAGGAACUCCUUGCCUUGUGUGUAUUUCUUGAAGAGAAAACAAUGGCCAAGUUCUGGUUGAGUGCAGCUGUUGGAUUGUACUUGUUGCAGCUUUGUCUAGCCCAGAUAAGCUUGAAUGUAAGUUGCAGAUAUGCAGGAGUUUUCCAUGUUGAGAAAAAUCGGCGCUACAGCCUCACAAGGGAAGAGGCCAUUCAACUUUGCAAGGCCCUCAACAGUACUCUGCCAACAUGGGAGCAGAUGGAGAAAGCCUUUGAUGCCGGACUGGAAACCUGCAGAUAUGGUUAUAUCGAAGAAAAAAUUGUAGUCCCUCGACAUAAUCCUUAUCAUCUAUGUGCAGCAAAUACCACUGGGAUUUAUGUACUUCAGUCAAAUGUAUCUGACCGGUAUGAUACGUAUUGCUUCAAUUCUUCAGAAACAAGAGAAAAAGUUUGUGAUCCAGUGACAGAGUUAUAUUCUUCUUGGCCAGAUGAUCAGAGCAUCAUCGACAUUUCCAAUGCUGAUGGAACACGCUACAUUGGAGGAAAGCAAUACACUGAACAGCCACCAGUUACUGAUGAUGACAGUAGCAUGGGCAGUGGUUCAGCAAAUGACAAAGGAACAACAGAUCCCACUGUUAUUAGACCUGGUGUCUUCCACACCAGCUUAAAUGAAGUUGCUACUCAGUUUCCAUAUGCUGUUCAUCCUACAAGUGACAUUAUCUCACCCAGCCCUGAUGAUUCAGAGGACCACGUUUUAAACCAUGAUCACGAAGACCAGCAUCCCAGAAAUACUAAUUUAAACUCACAUGAGAAGCUAAAAGAUUCAUCCCAAGAACAUGAAGAACCUGGACCUGAAGGGAACAAAUAUGAUGGCCAGGAACAACUUUCUCCUAGUUCUACUUUUGAGGUGUCAAGAUAUGGGAUUAAUCAUGAAAACUCUACACAAGUUCAGCAAGUUCCUGGAGAUUUCAUUUUGUGGUGGCAAUCUGAGGAACACCAGGGAGUGCACAACACCACUUCCAGCAAGGAUUCAGUCUUACAAGAUGACCAUGCAGAAGAGGUCUCCACAUCAGAAAUUCUCACACCAGCAAUACCUCCUGGAUGGGACACAAAUGAAAUUGAGGAACAGUAUACUUCAACAACCACUGUGGUCUCCAGCAGUGAUGUCAAACAUGAAGACUCAAACCGUGACUCAAUGAUACAUGUUGUACACUCUGGAUGGGACAAUGAAGUCAGAUAUUCAGCAAAUGACACAAGAGAUGAUACACCACCUGGGACUGAUCCUCCAGGUGCUCGUGAUCGUUAUCCUACAGCUGUGUCGUCCAGUGAUAGUUUCUUCAAGCAGGAAGAAUCAACUCAAUAUCCACUAGAUGGUGCACAUUCUGGAUUGGAAACUGAAGAUGCAUUUCCUACAAACCUGACCUCAGAUGAUUUGCAUCCAAGACUUGUUCCCUCAGAUGAAAAAGAAAAUCUAAAAGAAGAAGCUUUUCAUACAGACUCAAACCAAGAUCAAUUUCCUUGGGGCAAUGAUGACAAAUCAAGUAAAAAUGAGCAUGAGCAGGAAUCAUCAGAUACAGCCCUGACCUUCCAUGAUGGAUCUAAACAAGAAGAGACAUCCACAGAUUCACAUUCUCUUAUUCACCCCAGUCAAGACACUGAAGACACGCAUCAAAUAAAUAACAUUAAUGAUGAUGUUUGGGACAAUCUUGUACUUCCCAGUGAAAAUGAAACCGAGUCUUCUCAUAAACAUAUUACAGAUGAGCUGUCUAAUGAUGUGUUGAAACAUGAAGAAUCCACUCAGAAUCCAUACGGCAUGCAUCCUGAUUCUGAAUGGGACAGUGAAGAACAAUAUUCUACAAGCACAUCUAGUGAAGAAACUCUACCUGGAAUUAUUCCUCCAAAAGAGAAUGAACAUAGAAAUACAUCAAUUUAUUCAGUAGCCGUGAUCCUUGGCGAUGGUGGCACUCACCAUGAAGCUUCUACUCCUCCUGAUCUGCUGAUGGAUGGGAAACAUCCUGACUGGAACAAUGACAACCAACAUCAUGCAAAUAAUUCUGGAAAUAAUAUUCUACCCGGAAUCAUUCCUCAAGAUGAAAAUCAGCAGGAAAAAGAAUUGGAACACACAGUUGUGAUCUCCAAUGAUGGGACCGAGCAUGAAGUCUCUACUCAAGAGCCACUAAACCAUGAAGGAGAUCUUGGCUGGGACAGUGGAGAAAAGCACCCAGCAAAUGAAUCUACAAAUAAUUUGGUACCUGGAAUCAUCUUUCCAGCUGAACAUGUACAUGAAAAGGAAACCUUUCAUACAGCUGUCAUCGAUAACAAUGAUGCCUAUCAUGAAGAUGCAACCCAAGAGCCAUUACCUCCUAUUCAGCAGCCAGAACUGGACAUAGAAGAAGAAUAUUCCUCUAAUACUUCUAGCGAUGAUACAUGGAUGGGAAUUAAUAAAAAUAAUGGAAGCAAACACAAUCCUUUACAUACAGAUGUGGUCUCCCAUGAUGGGACCAAAGAUGAAGAUUCGACUCCAGGACCAGUGAAGCAUGAUAGUGAAGACAAGUAUUCUGCAGAUUCCACAGAGGGUGUCUUACCUCCUGGAAUUGUUCCUCGGAGAGGAACAAAUAAAAAUAGUACUUAUCAUUCAGGUUUUGUUCCUGAUCACCUUGAAGAUAGAGGGUCACAACAGGGAGAUUCAAUACCAAAAAGCCAACCACGAGCUGCUCACAUUCCAGAUUGGCUGAUUGUAGUUGCUUCUCUCGUGGCCCUAGCAUUGAUUCUUGGUGUUUGCAUUGCGGUGAACAGUCGGAGAAGAUGCGGGCAGAAACAAAAACUUGUGAUCAACAAUGGCAAAGGGGUGGUGGAUAACAAAAACACAGGUGGACUGAAUGGAGAAGCCAGUAAAUCUCAUGAAAUGGUACACUUGGUACACAAAGAGCAGCCAGAGGACCGAACAGGGCCACACGAUGAAUUUCUGCAAAUUGAUGAAACAAACAACCUACAGGAUGUGGACUUGAAAGGUGGUGUGUAAGCACCCCAUUAUUCCAGUUAAGCCAGAGUUGGGAAAAUAAAAAUCUUCAUGGAACUGGGACUAGAACUCACAAUGCAAUGUGCUACUGAUGUCUUUUAAGCAUAAUUAAGCAUACAUUUUCUCUCUCUCUGUUUUGAUGGUAAGUUACAAGAUAAACAUGACAUUUUUCUCUACCAGACAUUGCAUAAUUUUCCCCAGUCCUAAUUGAUGACACCCAUAUCAUCGCCAUCACCUGUCUUCUUAUCCUGGUCUGUUAUUUCAUAAUGAGCAAAUAGUAAUUUUGAUAAGGAGAAAUGUCCCUUGCACCAACAUGGGCACCACUUUCCCUUGCCACCAGAACAUGUUGCCAUUAAGAUAUUUAAGUUACUAAGUGAGUCUGCGCCUACACAAUUUCUGUUAGAGAGCUAGGAAAAAAGUGCUAUGCAGAAGAGUCAACAUCAGAGUGGAACACACUUCCAUGGCAUCACCACUUAGCCCUGAAGACUUUGUCAGACGUGUUAUGUCUCACUCAUAGAUACAUGGAAAUGAUGUGCUACAGUUAUUGGAUCCUUUAAAAGAAAUUUGUCCCAAACUUCCACAGAUGUCCAAUAAUAUUUUUUAAAUAUAAAGGGUGGAAAGACAAGAAAGAAUAAACUUGAUUUUAUAGCAAAUAAAUUUUUAUUCUCUAUAAUCU